AUGUCGUUGAAGAGCACACUGAAGUCAAGAGCCGCCGUUCCGGCACCGUCUGGAAAUUCUGGAUCCGAUUUCCAGAAACUUCAUGACGACUUCGUCGCCUACUUGUACGCUGACCACGGCACGUUCUACAAUGAGAAUGUGAAGAAGCUGGAAGAUGGGACCGGAUCCAAACGGGAGAUCUUUGCCUAUGGACUGAUUGCACUGAACUGUGUCUACAUGAUUCUCGGAAGUUGGGCGGAGUUAAUGUGCAAUUUGAUUGGAGUCGCCUAUCCGGCGUAUGUCUCUGUUAAGGCCAUUCGCACCGUGGGAACCGACGACGACACUGUCUGGUUGAUGUACUGGACUGUAUUCGGCGCUUUUUCGAUUAUCGAUUUUUUCGCCAUGGCAAUUAUGUCGUAUUUCCCAAUCUACUGGGUUGCCAAAGCCGCAUUCCUACUGUAUUUGUACCUUCCACAAACGCAUGGAUCUCAUGUGAUCUACCAUUCGAUUAUCGAUCCAUUGGUUGCUCAUAUGGAGAAGUCGUUGUCUGGAAAGCUUCCACCAAAACAGGUUGGAUCUGUGGGACCACCACCUCCAGUUGCUGCUGCUCCUGCUCUUGAUGAGAAUAACAAUGUGAUGAAACCCUCUCAAUAG